AUGUCUGGCGCUGUGAAUCCCAUCAUUCCAGGCUUUGCGCCUGACCCCUCCGUCGUCAAGGUCGGAGAGUGGUUCUACCUGGUCAAUUCCACUUUUCAUCUCUUCCCCGGCCUCCCCAUCUACGCAUCCCAAGACAUGGUGUCGUGGAAGCAGAUUGGCAAUGCCAUCCACCGUCAGUCUCAGCUCAGCUUGCGAAAGUCGGACGCCAUCAUCUAUCCUGAAGGAGAUAGCAAGCAUGUGAUUGGUAGUGGAGGUCUCUACGCUCCCACGAUCCGUUAUCACCAGGGCACUUUCUAUGUCAUCUGCACCAACGUCGUCCGACGACCGGGAGACGAGCGAGAUGCGACGGAAAACUUCAUCGUUUCCACCACGGACCUCUGGACUGGAGAGUGGUCCGAUCCGGUGUACUUUGAAUUCGAGGGCAUUGAUCCCAGUCUUUUCUUCGACGAGGACGGUAAGAUCUACAUGCAAGGGUCCGGGGGAAUUGGGCCCGGCACCACCAUCAACGUGUUCGAGAUCGAUCUCGCGACCGGCGCCAAAUUGUCCGACGAGAAGGUGGUCUGGGCAGGCACCGGCGGGAUCUAUCCCGAAGGACCACACUUGUACAAGCGCAACAACUGGUACUACCUGUUGAUUGCCGAAGGUGGUACCCAUGGCGGCCACACUGUCGUGAUGGCCCGGUCGCAGAGCAUCUGGGGACCGUAUGAAUCCUGCCCCCGGAACCCCGUCUUAACCGCGCGAGGCACCAAAGAGUACAUUCAGUACACCGGCCACUGUGAGAUCUUCCAAGACGGCGAGGGACAGUGGUGGGGUACCUGCCUGGGCGCACGUUUGGAUGACGCGGGAAGAUCGCCCAUGGGACGGGAGACCUUCUUGAUGCGCGUGGAAUGGGAGGACGACUGGCCCGUCUUCGAACAGGUCACGUCAAACCCAAGAGGCCUCACGGCGAGCAAUGCCACUCCAUGCCCCACAGUCAAGCCGGGACUGGACUUGCUCUAUAUUCGAGAUGCGAGCAUGGAUCGCUACACGCUUACGGACUCGUCCUCGAUGCGUCUACGACCUUCGUCGGUGGAGUUUUCCCAUCCCCGGGAUAGCCCGACUUUUGUCGGCAAGCGUCAACGCCUUUUGAAGGGGUCUAGCAGUGUCGCACUUCAAGGGAUCCAGGAUUCCUGGGGCUCCAGCAAGGUCCGCGCCGGCCUGGCACUUUACAAGGAAGAGCACCGCUUCAUCAAAAUCUACUAUGACGCUUCGACGCGCGAGGUGGUUUUGCAAGUCGUUAAUGCUGCCAAUAAGCUAGUCAGGACACAGAAAGACAGCCUGGCCAUGGUCCCCUCAAGCAUCACCUUCCGUGUCGAAUACACCGAGAGUGAAUACCAGUGGAUGUAUUCCGUCUCAGCCGCGACCGGAGAGGGUUGGAAAUCUCUGGGUAAGGUCGACUCGAUGGAAAUGACUGACCCAGACUUCACUGGACCCAUCAUCGGUGCCUUUGCGAUUGGAGAGGACGAUAGCCUAGAGCUUCCUUUUGAGCAACUGUCUGUGGAUUAA